AGACUUGAUGACAAAAGGAGAGACUUUUUUCACGCGAUGAAGAAGCUCAACUCUCUCAUGGUGGUGAGUCUCUGAGUCACAUAAACGAGUUUGGUUCGUAAAGAUGAGCUUCGGGAAUAAUGGAUACAACAGUUUGGAGAUGGACUACAUAAAAAAGCAUCACAAGCAUCAGAUUGCCGAUAAUCAAUGCACCUCCGUUCUCCUCAAGCACAUCAAGGCCCCUGUUCAUCUCGUUUGGUCUUUGGUAAGGAGAUUUGAUCAACCACAAAAAUACAAACCAUUUGUUAGCAGGUGUGUUGCUCAGGGCAGUCUUGAGAUUGGUAGUCUUAGGGAAGUUGAUGUUAAGUCUGGGCUUCCUGCCACCACGAGCACUGAGAGGUUGGAACUCCUUGAUGAUGAUCAGCAUAUCUUUAGCGUUAGGAUUAUUGGUGGUGAUCACAGACUCAGGAACUACUCUUCAAUCAUCUCAGUUCACCCAGAAAUUAUUGAAGGCCGGCCAGGGACUCUAGUGGUUGAGUCAUUUGUGGUUGAUGUGCCUGAAGGGAAUACCAAGGAUGAAACCUGCUACUUUGUUCAAGCAUUGAUCAAAUGCAAUCUCAAAUCUCUUGCUGACGUUUCUGAACGGCUUGCAGUCCAAGACAGAACGGAGCCCAUUGAUCGGAUGUAAAUGUGGGGACCAGACAGGUAACGCUGCUGUAUGUACCACGGAUGAAGCUUCUUUUAAGGCUGUCGGAUUCUGGCAACGCUUUUGGUGACGGACUGGUACCAGCUGUUCCUCCAUUUUCAGCAAAAUUUUCCCUCGUGUUUUUGUUGCAUUACAUGUCUUUAGUUUCAGUGUCAUGAUGGACUCUCUGUCUCUAGCCCAGCACAAGAACCACAGUUGUAUAAUGUCAAAAUGCUAAAUGGUACUCACCUUAUCCAAGUCGACCAAAGUUUCUGUUUUUUGAGUUUUCAGCUUUGCUGGGAUGUUGUCAUGGUUUAUUUGUGAAUAAAAAAUUAUGAAAACAGGUGUCUCAUGUAUUCUAUUUUUGUUUUAUGUAGUAGUAUGUGUGCCGGGUAUAGGAGAGUGAAGUAGGCAGGUAAAAUAAUUGUGGUAAGAUUUUAGAGUUUUAAACUAACAUGGGUAGUUCAGUAAUCUACUAAUCUUUGUAC